ACCGAAUACAGCAUGAGGAUUGGUUGAAAUAUGACCAAUCGGCAGCAUCGCAACACAUUUGGGCAACAUGGGCCGGGAAGGGAAGCAGCGCAAGCUCAAGCGCGCCAAGGCAGAGAAGACGGCGGCGAAGAAGAACCGAGGGUCGCAUGCCCUCGGCGUCGACAUGCGCAAGCUGCGCGAGCAGCUCGCCCGCCUCGAGCUGCAGUUGGUGACGAUGGAAGCCGAUGGCAACUGCUUGUUUCGCACGCUGAGCGACCAACUGCAUGGCGACCAGACGCACUUUCCCGAAAUGCGCAAGGACAUUGUACAAUACAUCAAGGACCACCAAGACGAUCUCGAACCGUUCAUGGAAGACGAGGAAGCCUUUGAUCACUACUGCUCGCGCAUGGCCGACGACGGUGUCUGGGGCGGCAACUUGGAGCUCUACGUCGCGUCUUUGCUCUGGCAGCGCCACAUUGUCGUCCACCAGGUUGAUGGCAACCGCACGACGAUCGACUGCGGCCACGCCAAGGCGCCUGCGUGGCACGUGUGCUACUACAACGACGAGCAUUACGACAGCAUUCGCAGUGUCGACGACGACUUGAUGUCGACGCCGCUGGCCCUUCCCCUACCUGCCAGCGAGGGCAAAAUUUGUGUCGAGACCGGCGCCGACACGAGUGCACAGCGCGAGUCGGACCUCAACGCGCUUCGCAAGGACUUUCCCACGAUGGAUACGGACGAGCUGGCAUCGCUCUUUGAGCAGCUGCAGUGCGACCCGGCCAAGGUGCGGCAAAAGCUGGCGGCCAAGACGAAGAAAGCCAAGCACAUGAUCAAGAUGAAGAAGCGACGAUAGAAUCGAGUUCACACUCGGGAUGUGCUACAUAACUUUGGGCGAGGAGCUCGCACGUUAACACGGAAAGUAUAGAUGGAUUUCUUCAAC